AUGUCGCUGCUGGAACUUAUAUUCGGCGUGGGCAAAUCACCCAACGAUGGGACCCAGGAGGUCCCGCCGGAGGUGCUGUCCAAGGCAAUAGACCUCAAGAUAGAACAGGAACGCACGAAACAGCGAUACUACACGCUCGAGACGGCGAACAAAAACAUAGAACUGCUCAAGACCGCAACGGCAAGUGGCGUCCCACCCGAACAACUCGCACAGUUGCUUUCCCUGGGGGAGAAACCUUCGUCCACACAAGCGGCGCCGGUACCGGCACCUGCACCAUCUCGCUCGCCCGCACCUACACCAGCAGCCUCACAACAGCAGUACAAGUUCCCGCCAACGCCUGCUGCCACCGGUACAACCCCAGGUGCGGCGCCGUACCACCGUAGGACGAACUCGCCCGCCCGGAUUGGCGCACAGGCCGUCGCAUCGCUCUCGGACUCCAUCGUCAUUAAGGAGGAGGAACCGGCAGAACGGUCACCUCUUCGGGACAAACACACGAGAAACAUCUCACUUCCACCCAUGAACAAGUUCACAAAUCCGAACCUCUCCGCACAGGAUCCCAGUCCACACUCACCGCUGCGGUUCCCGCCGUUGGACUCCAUUGCAGCGGGGAGAACCGCGGUCCCCCCACAGCAGCAGCAGCAGUCGGCAGCAGCGGUCAGACACGGGAUCGUCGCAAAGAAGACACACAGGAGAACGAAAUCCGCUCUUGUUGCACCCUCCUUCGGUGUCAUUGACCUCAGCGUCAUCGAACAGGCAGAGAAACGCGCCACGCCGGCUCCAGUCCUCGCGCAAUCGUCCGCCCUCCAGGAAUGCAGCGACGAUACAUGCAGCGAGUCCAGUAGCAGAGGCGGCAACGGGUCCCCCGGCGUCGCAUUGGCAGCACAGUACCGCACGCGGCCAAACUCCGUUAACAGACUACUCAACAACUAUUGA